CUUCUGAUUGGUGAAAGUUGUCGUUGUCAAGGUCAUUUUCCUUAUCACUAGGUUGUUUCUGUUUGGGCUACUACAGUUUAGAGUCACCCACUAUUUCAUGUAGCGGACGCGGCACAAUCAAUAUUUUACUAAAUAACGUACAAAAGUGGUAACUACCUCGUUCGGAGUUAAUUAAAUAAAUGACUGCCAGUGAGUCACAAAGAUUAUUGAAUGAAGUGAUCACCACACUUGGGUGGACAAACGAAUUCAUCUCGAAUGCUUCAAGGUAUAAACAAUGCUAUUAUGAAAAAAAUCACUGGGUUCCCACAAAAUCCAUUUCCACACACAAAGACUACUGCUCACUACGCCAGCUAGGUUAUCUCAGAGAAGAAAUAAAUGCUAUGAUUGCAAAUGCCGAUGUGUGCGCUACUGACUAUUCUCAGCCUACAACAGAUUGGACGAAUGAUCCGUCUUGGAUUAUGAAUAUGGAAGCAUUCUAUACUGACAAGUCAUCAUCAGGUCGAAGAUCAUCAAAUAAUUCAUCACAAGAUGUAUCCAAAUUAGAAGCUUUGUCUAUGAUGCGUGAUGCUAAACGUCGUCGUCAAAGUUAUCGUGGCAUACAUACAGCAAGAAAAUCAUACACUGAGAUUUUACGUGAAAUCAUAGCACAACAAACUGAAAUAUUGACAGCCGCUCACGGAUCCAUUCAACAAUCUGAAGAUAAAAGAUGUGGUAGUGUGGAAUCAUUUGAAAGUAAUAAAGAAAUUGUCAAACAAAGACAUGGUUCUAAUAAGUACAAUAAACCAACUUCUCCUACUUCCCGACAAAUUCAUCCAUCUGACGAUAGUCGAUAUGGUAAAACAAAUAACUGUAGUGAACAAUCUCGUAGACGACUAGCACGAAGACGUAGAUACAAUUCACCAAAACGAGAUGAUGAUGAUAAUAAUAAACAACAACCAACAUGUCAAUACAGUCCUUCAAGUGCGGAUUACCGCUACAAUAAUAGUAAUGGUCAUUGUGAUGAUGUUGACAAUAAUAAACCAAAAAAAUCUAAAAAGCAUAAAAAACAUUCUAAAUCAAAACAUAAACACAGACAUAAAAGUUAGAAAAAGAAAAAGGAAAAAAACCCACAUUUUCUACCCUGUUUUUGUACUUCUGUCUUUUUAUGUUUUAAUUACUAAAAUUUUGCACUUAAAUCAAUAAAAAGAUAAUUCCUCCUUA